GACGCAAAUGAGCUGUUCACAAAGCAUAUUCCUUUGAGGUGUUCUCUUAUUCUACCACCAACCACGACAAACUCAUUGUUGGCAUGCUAUUGCAAUCAAAGAGACCAUGAAAUUUCUCUACGCUUCCUUCGAUCUCGAUCUCUUCCACCAAUAUUCCUUGGAGCCAUAUAUGCUUCACUCUCCCAACACAUCGUGGGCUUUAUUGGGCCUGGCAGGCAUUGAAAUUCAAACUCCUUUUGUUUUGGUACUAAGUGUGGCCGGCGGCACACCUGUUGGCUGUUACCAAUGGUCAAGGAAAAUAGACGGCUGGGACAAUUCCACGCGUCACCGCAGAUUCCACUUUUCUCUCUCUCAAGGGCAACCAGUAAACCACCGCGUGUCCCCUACCACGUGGCGUAUUUGGGGAUUUAUGGCUUGCCAAUCGAGUAAAGAAUCGUCUUUAGAUCUAUGGUGACAGCUUUGUUCCGUCAAAGACAUCAUGGCCGAAGCCCACUACCUCCAGACCUCAGCUUA